AUGGAGACUCUGAUGGACAAACCCAAGAAAGGAUCUGCGAGAGAUUUGAACAAGUAUGAGCGAAUCGUCCAGCCCAGUAUAGCUGAGUUAGUUGGAACCGCUUUCUUCGUGUUCAUCGGCUGUGUGUCGGUCAUUGAGAACGUGGAGACGGCCGGCAGACUGCAGCCUGCGCUGGUACACGGGCUGGCAGCAGCUGUCCUGAUCGCAUGCGUGGUGGAGAUAAGUGGUUCCCACUUCAAUCCCCCAUUCACCAUGGCCAUCUACCUUUGUGGCGGCAUCAAGUUAUUCCUGGCCGUGCCUUAUGUGUCCUGUCAGCUAAUUGGACGCGUGCUUGGUGCUGCAAUGGCAAAGCUGAUGACAACGAAUGAACACUAAGCCAGAGCUC